AUGGCUGAACCAUUUUCCCAGGAAAAUGUUAAGGAUUCUAUCUUACCACCACAUCAGAUUCUUUCUCCUUGGAAAUCAAAAACAGAUUAUUCACUAGACUACUCCAAAGAGUUCCUGGAUCUGUCUAACAAAGAGAAAGAAUCAAAAACAGAUUAUUCACUAGACUGCUCCCAAGAGUUCCUGGAUCUCUCUAACAAAGAUCUAAGCCUUUCAGAUAUAUCUUCAAUACUUAGGUCUCGGACAUAUUUCAAACAGUUAGAUUUGUCUGGUUGUGGUCUCACAGAGUUACCCGACGGUCUUGAAUACAGUUAUGAACUGAAAGAAGUGAAUUUAUCUAACAACCCUUUAAGACAUUUAUUUCUUAUAUCUUCCUUGGAUCGUAAACUUUGGCGUGGUUUGAAAAAGUUGGAUUUGUCUGGUUGUGGUCUUGCCUUUUUACCCGAAGGUCUUCAAUUCUGUCAUGAACUGGAAGAACUGGAUCUAUCUAACAACCCUUUAAGACAUUUAAUACUUAUACCUUCCUUGGAUUGUAAACUUUGGUGGCGUGGUUUGAAAAAGUUGGAUUUGUCUGGUUGUGGUCUUACAAAGUUAUUCGGAGGUUUUCAAUUCUGUCAAGAACUGGAUCUAUCUAACAACCCUUUAAUACAUUUAUUUCUUAUAUCUUCCUUGGAUUGUAAACUUUGGCGUGGUUUAAAAAAGUUGAAUUUGUCUGGUUGUGGUCUCACAGAGGUACCCGAGGGUCUUCAAUGCUGUCAUGAACUGGAAGAACUGAAUUUAUCUAACAACCCUCUACGCUAUUUAUAUUUGUCAUAUAUACCUCACCCGGAAUAUAAAAUUUGGCGUAGGUUGAAAAAGUUGGAUAUGUCUGAUUGUGAUCUUGUUGAUUGGCCAAAUUGUGUGCAAGAAUACGGCAACCUACAAGAGUUGAAUUUGUCCAAAAAUUCCUUUGACCAUCAAGAUCUAUUAGAAAAACUAAAUAGUGGGAAGGUGUUUAGUUAUUCAAGUUUUCAUAAGAUUGGCAAGGAACUAUUAAAACCCGCGGCCAGUGGUUCGAGGUAUCCUAACCUAACCAGGAUCAUAUUUGAAGAUGCUGUCUAUACGCAGAGUAGUGGAGGUUAG